AUGUUACCAUAGCAUGCCAGUCAUAAUGUUAUGGUAGUAAUUAAUGAUAGUUAUGGCAGUAAUUAAUGAUUUGUCUUAAGGAGCAGCCAGCCUUAAUGAUGGUGAAAUUGAAAUUAUAAUUCAUAGAAGAAUUUAUUUAGAUGAUAUAUAAAGAGCUACUGAAUCUAGUAAUGAAAAAAAAGAUAAUCUUUAGUGUUAAAAUUAUUGAACUUAGAUAAGACAUUAUUCAUAAAUUAUUAUUUUUUGAUUAAUAGUAAAAUUCUAGCUUUGCAAGUAAAGUUUAAUUAUUUUUAGAUUUUCAGCCCAUUAAAAUUUUUGCAAUUUAUUCUUAAGAUUAAUUUGCUUAAAAUCUUUAUUUUGAUUUAUUUAAUUCUAUUUUAAGUUCUAUUAAAUUUUCUAACCCUAAUGGCAAUACAUUUUUCAAAUUUUAUUGA